UGCUGGCACAAGACCCUCUUGACGGGCGCAACAAAGGUUCUUGUCGCGUUAACACUAUCGAAACUCACUCGACACCUGAGCCCUCGUUUUUAUCUCCCAUUUAAACCGUCCAUCAUGUUCGGUACAAAGCCUGCCGGCACAUCAACCGGCCUGUCCAUCAACACUGGUUCUGCCAAUUCUCUAUUUGGCUCUGGAACCAAUACGCAGACUAGCACUACAACAACACCGGCGACUACUACUACCUCCGGUGGGUUAUUCGGUAAUCUUGGGAAUACUGCCACACAGUCAAAGCCAGCCGGUGGCCUAUUUGGAAACGCAGGAGGCGCUACACAGCAAUCUCAGCCUGCCGGUUCGAGUCUGUUUCCGGGGUUAGGCGGCCAGCAGUCGAAUACUACUUCAACUGGCGGGGGUCUGUUUGGAAACUCUACUGCCACAACUUCGCAACCACAGACAGGUGGUCUUUUCUCAGGAGCCACCACCACGACCAACAACACACAGAGCGGGAACACUGGUGGGGGCCUAUUCGGCAAUCUGGGCGGUAACACCGCAAACCAGACACAAUCAAAGCCACUUUUUGGUGGACUUGGGGGCUCUACGGCUACCGGAGGGGGCCUAUUUGGCGGCGCCAACCAAACCAGCGCGCAGCAGCAGCAGCAGCAAUCACAGAAGCCUACUCUAUCUUUGUUCGGAAAUCAGAAUACCACAACACAACCAACGACACAACCCACGGCCGCGGCCGGGACAACGGUCAUCCCUGGGGUCAAGGUCGAUAUCAGCAACAUUCUUCCUACAACGAAAUACGAGAGCUGCGCAGAUGAGAUCAAAUCGGAGUUGGAAAAGUUUGAUAACUUCGUCCUCAACCAGAUCAAGAUAUGCAACGAGGUUGCGAACAUGAUACCCACUAUAGCCGGCCAGGGAGAGACGAUUCCACAUGAUGUUGAGUUUGUCCAGGGAAAAUUAGAGACGAUGCAGCACGCACUCGAGAAUGACGCAGGUGACAUUGAUCAGCUUCGUAAUCUUGUGUCUCGCGACGCAGCUGAGGCUCAAGUUGCAUUCCGAGCGAUUGAUACCUUGAAGUUGCCACUGCAAUAUCAAUCUACCGGUGGGGCUGGAUGGUGGUCUCAGGAUCAGAAGAUGUCAGAUGGACAAGCCUUGCGAUCUACGCGCAAGAACACUCUAGCUCUCCCGGACGAUGUUGAAAGCGACCCGUCCACUGCCACAUCGGUGAACGGAGUACCCGUCAACUUGGUUGACUACUUCUCUCAGCGCUCGGACGAGAUGGGAGAGGUCUUGGAACGCUACACACGGAACUUGAAAGAGAUUGAAGACCACCUUCACGGAGUUGAGGCGACUUUGGAACGACAGAUCCAUGACUUUGUGACAUCUCGUAGUCGAGAUGGAGCAGCCGCUGGAGCCCCGAAGUCCAUCGUCAGCGAGCUUGCCACCGUUCUAGGCGAUGUUGAGGCUGGCAUAUUAGGCGUGGCCAGCCGUCUCGGUGGAGUUACCGAGCAAGUGCAAGAGGUGGUUCUGGGCCCGCCCUCUGUUUCAUGAAUGUCUGGAAGUCUGUGCAGUGAUAUCACAUCGUCUUCAUGUAGAUUACGGAUGGAUUUAGAUUUGAUGAAGCAUACCUAAUCUCGCUACAAGAUGCGAAACUAUACAACUUCGGCUCCUUGCCAGGUUAUCUGAUCCGGCUAUCCGCUAGUGACAAUGACCCGUCGACUACCCUGCCUAUGACCGCGCAGAAAGGCGUCGCUAAACUGGAUAUAAGGCACCUGGAUCAUGACCACUGAGGAUACUAUCAUAGGCUCCAUAGAAAGCUAGUUCAAAUCGC